AUGGACAUGGAGUGGCUGCGCGGGAAAUGCAUCGGCAGGGGCGCGUUCGGCGCGGUGCACCUGGCCGUGGACAGGGCCACGGGCCGCGCCUUCGCGGUGAAGUCGGUGGACGCGAAGGGCGCGCCGGCGGCGGCGGCGGCGGCGCUUGCGUGCCUGGAGAACGAGAUAAGGAUCCUGAAGCGGCUGAGCUCGCCGUACGUGGUGGCCUACCUCGGGGACGGCGAGACUGGAAACACGAGGGACCUGCUCAUGGAGCUGGUUCCCGGCGGCACCGCCGCGGAGGCCGCGGCGAGGCAGGGGAGCCUCGGCGAGCGAGGCGCGCGGGGCGUCCUCAGGAAGGUGGCCGCCGCGCUGCGGUACCUGCACGGCGAGGCCGGCGUGGUGCACGGUGACGUCAAGGGCCGGAACGUGCUUCUGGGCUGCUGCGACGCCGAAGGCUGCGGCGCGAAGCUCGCCGACUUCGGCGCGGCGAGGCUGGUGUCCGAGGCGGCGCCCCGCGGGCCGCGCGGUACGCCCGCGUGGAUGGCGCCCGAGGUGGCGCGCGGCGGCGCGGCGACGCCGGCGUCGGACGUCUGGUCCCUGGGCUGCACGGCGCUGGAGCUGCUCACGGGCAAACACCCGUGGUCGGAGCUCGGCGGCGCCUGCGAGGUCGGCGAGCUGCUGCUCCUCAUCGGGUUCGGCGGGAAGCGCCCCGCGAUCCCCGCGUUCCUGUCCAACGCGUGCCGCGACUUCCUCGACAAGUGCCUCCGCCGCGACGCCGGCCAGCGUUGGACCUGCGAGCAGCUGCUGGAGCACCCUUUCCUCUCCGGCGCCCACAACGACGCCUGCGCGACGGAGCCGUUUCCAUCCCCGUCCCCGUCGCCUCGCGCGGUCCUCGAUUGGCUCCCGUCGGAUUCGGACUCCGAGGCGCUGGACGACGCUGAGCCCGAGAGCGAGCACGAGGUCAUGGUGCGCGCCAAGGGGAGGGUCGCCGAAUUGGCCGCCUCAAACGGGCCGCGCGCGAGCUGGGAUUGGGAGGAGCCGGAUCGUGGCACCGGGCCCACCUGUGCGGCCGACACCUGGGCCCCACCUCCCAGCUCCGAGGCGCCAAGGACCGUGCCAGUGCCAUCAACAUCAGAAGGCGCCGCGGGAAAUGGCAACGCCGGUGGGCCCGCCGUCCCAAGCUCCGCCGCGGCCUCCGCCGGCAGUGAUCAUGACGUCGUCCUCGUCGGCAUCGGCAGUGGCGGCGGCGGCGGCGGCGGCGGGGCCCGCCGUGGCCACGGCCAUCCUGGUCGGCCAAGAUUAGUUGAUCAGCGCGGCGCGAGCGGCUGA